AUGUGCAGCAAGCAGCCAACGCGGAGAUGUGCUGCAGUUCAGGCUCUUACUCACCCCUGGUUUUAUAAAAUAAAAAGACCAAUUGCUGCUGCUGCUGCUGCUGCUGCUCCUGCUGCUCCUGCUGCUGCUGCUGCUGCUCCUGCUGCUGCUGCUGCUGCUGAUGAUGAUGAUGGUUGCGCUGCUGCUGCUGCUUCUGGCGGUGGGAAGCGAGAGGGGGGCGAUGAGGCAGCAGCAGGUAAAGCAGCAGCAACUGCGCCAGUUGCUGCUGCUGUAGCAGCAACUCCUGCUGCUGCAGCAGCAACUGCUGCUGCAGCAGCAAAAGCAGCAGCAACUGCAGCAGCAGCGCGACAGCAACCAGCUGAGGCGCUGCCGCCACCAACCCGAACUGCAACAGCAGCAGCAACAACAGCAGCAACAACAGCAGCAACACAGCAGCAAGAAAUACCUGCGAAGCCUACCCAGCAACAGCAGCAGCAGCAACAGCAGCAGCAGCAGCAACAGCAGCAGCAGCAGCAGCAGCAGCGGGAUAUUCUCUCUAUAAACGCAGGGGAGAAGCAGCAAAGCGCAGCAGCAGGAAGACAGAGAUCAGCUGUUGACUCACCGCAGCAGCUGCAGCAGCAGCUGCUGCUGCCACCUCAGCAGCAGCAACUGCAGCAACUGCAGCAACUGCAGCAGCAGCAGCAGCAGCAGCAGCAGCAGCAAGAAACUCCUUUCUUCAACAGCGCGCCGCCUGCUGCAGCACCAAUAGCUGCGGAGACAGCCGAAGCCAGCAGCAGCAGCAUACCCACCAACUGCCUCCAACGCCUCUGCCCCUCCGGGAGAGACAGCAGCAGCAACACCAGCAGCAGCAGCAGCAGCAGCAGCAGCAGCAGCAGGGGAUUGCGAGGCGCCCUCAAGCUCUCUGUUGACCCCCAGAGCUCCGCCUCUGCCCCUCCGGGAGAGACAGCAGCAGCAACACCAGCAGCAGCAGCAGCAGCAGCAGCAGCAGGGGAUUGCGAGGCGCCGUCAAGCUCUCUGUUGACCCCCAGAGCUCCUGCUGCUGCUGCUGCUGCAGCCUCAUUGGAAGCAGUAGCAGCAGCAGCAGCAGCAGCAACAGCAGCAGCAGCAACAGUAGCAACAGCUGGGGUUCUCGCUGCAGCAGCAGCAGCAGUAUCUCAACUACAGCAGCAGCAGCAGCAGCAGCAGGAGCCCCACAACCACCAGCAUUCCCCAAACCACCAUCACCAGCACCAUCAGCAGCAGCAGCAGCAGCAGCAGCAGCAGCAGCAGCAGCAGCUAGUUUCCCGCUGCAGCUCGGCUGUGUCUCAUGUUGCUGUAGUAGAAGCUGUGAGGGCCUCUAGGGGGCCCCCUGCUGCUGCAGUAGUUUGCUGCUCUGUACCCUCUGAACCCUCGGGGGGCCCCCCAUCCUCUUCCCCGGGGGGCCCCCAUGAUUGGGGGGCCCCCCAAACACCACAAAGCAGCAACACUGCAGCAGCAGCAGCAGCAGCAGCAGCAGACGAAGAAGAAGCAGCAGCAGCAGCAGCAGCAGAAGGGGACCCGCCUCUAGACCUGCCCUCCAAGUAUAUGAUGGGGGGCCCCCGGGGGCCCCCCUUCUCUCCCCCUUCUCCUUCUGAAGCCAGUAAUUACUUUAAGGGUACUGAGCAACCCCCCCCGCAGCAGCAGCAGCAGCAGCAGCAGCAGCAGCAGCAGCAGCAGCAGACCAGCAGCAACAACAAAAACAACAACAACAGAUACAAAGCAAACAACAUACACACACAGAACGACCCCAUGCAGCCAGCUCAUAAUACCAAAAGAAGAACACACAGAGGGGCCCCCGGGGCCUCCAGUGGUGGUGGGGGGCCCCCGGGGCCCCCAGGGGCCCCCGGGGGCCCCCCUAUUACUUUAAGGGGGGUGAGGGGUUGCUGCAGCCACGAGAAGAGGUGGGGGGCCCCCGGGGCCCCCCAGGAGAAGAGGUGGGGGCCCCCCGGGGGCCCCCUAGAAAGCGAUGAGGAUGAGUGGGGGGAGGGUACAGCUGCUUGGGCCCACACUCAGCAGCAGCAGCAGCAGCAGCAGCAACAGCAGCAGCAGCAACAGCAGCAGCAGCAGCAGUUGAUGGGGGCUAGGAGGAUGAGUGGGGGGAGGGUACAGCUGCUUGGGCCCACACUCAGCAGCAGCAGCAGCAGCAGCAGCAGCAGCAACAGCAGCAGCAGCAGCAGUUGGUGGGGGCUGCGGCCCCCAGCAGCAGCAGCAGCAGCAGCAGCAACAGCAGCAGCAGCAGCAGCAGCAGUAGUAGUAGUAUUAGUAGUAGCAGUUGUAGUAGUAGUAGGGGCCCCCCUAGGCAGUGCCCAGGGGGCCCCCUUAAGAGAACCCCUGGGGGGCCCCCCAAACCCCACAUGCAUGCAGCAACAAAGCAGCAGCAGGGGGCCCCCUCCAUUGCUGACGGCCUCACCAGGUUGCAGCCUUCAGCACAUCAUGUACCCUCUGGGGGCCCCCCCAUAG